CUCUCUCUCUCUCUCUCUCUGGAGUUUGUUGGUUGGAUGCAGCAGUGUCUCAGUAUCUAUCAGCUCGCUCGGAAGCAGUCCUCUCUCCCUCUCUCUCUAUCUCAGUCUGGCUUUUGAGCUGUCUGUCGUCUCUAAACGUUCAGGUGAAUAUAAAGCUUGGUAAUGGAGACAGCCGUGGACCGCAGCUCUUCUUCCCGCCGGUGACACACAAACUAACCGGGCAAAUAAGCCUUCAAGUGAAAAUACCGGGUAUCAACGGGAAAACGGAACCGUGGCUGUUCAUCACAGUGACGCUUGCUAGUGUUUCUUCUUCCUCCUCCUCUUCUUUGCUAUCUGCGCUUCUUCGGAAACAGAUGUCCUGCUCGGGAAGUUACGGACGAAUCACGGAUAAAUCCACCAAGUCGUCUUCUCCAAUUGCCAAGAGGCGCUCUCACUCGAAGGAUUUCUUCUUCUCUGAGCCGGCUCUGCUCUGACCUCAACACGAGACUCUUCAGCCCCUCCAACAAGGAAGUGUGAGGAAUCCUAAUGGCCUCCUGAUGUAGCUUCUGCUGUUAGUGGGAAGAAUUGAGGAAACCUCCUCCUGCUCAGAUCGAGGCUUCUGAGAAAUGAGCUGCCAAUGAAUCACCUUCAAGGUAAUCAGUCAUCUCUAUUUGGCCUGGGGGUCUUCUAGAAGGUCGGACCUCCUCGCCACCAUGAAAGGGUUGGGUACCAACCGUAACAGACAUCUGUCUGAUUCCUGUGAACCUUCCUCCGGCCGUCCAGAGGCCCUCUACUCUCAGAAGACCAGCACGCUCCCACGCAGCCAAUACCUGCUGAGCCCGACAAUGGACCACUAUGGCACCAUGGACCCCCAUCUCUAUCCUUCAGCCAACCCAGGCUCCCUUCCACCAGACUGCAUGCUGCCCCUCAAUAACCAGCUGUCCAACAGCAGCACCUUCCCCAGGAUUCACUACAACUCCUACGACCAGUCUGACUUCUCCCCACCUGGAGACAGCAUCGGGGGGAUAAGUACAGGGACCAUGGGCACGUCCAUGUCCAUGGGCAUGGGAACAGGUAUGGGCAUGGGCAUGGGCGUGGCAGGGCAUGGCAGGGCACCUAUGAUUACGAGUGGCUCAGCAACUAUAUCACAUCAUAUGACCAAGAACCAGGCACCAUCCAGUCUGCUGGAGUUUGAUAAGCAGCUACCUGGAGGCCGUGACGGAUUCAGCACGUUGCAGUUUCAUCGAACGUCUGCUGUUGCUGCUGUAAAGCAGCACACAGACAGUCCUGGCCGGAUCCGUUACAUGCUGCAUUCAGUGCAGAAACUCUUUGCUAAGUCCCAGUCACUGGAAAGCCAAAACAUGAAAGGAAAUUUCAAUGGACGCUCCACUGGUAGUGGAGGAGGCUCGUCUGGCACUGAAGAUGGAGGAAAGCAGAAUCGCAGAUCCAAAAGUAAAGAUCGGGGUACAAAAUCAGAGACGACUGCCAAGCGACGACCACGCUCCAACAUGUCAGGCUAUUGGAGCUCAGACGAUUUGGACAGCAGCGAUUUGAGCAGCUACCAUAACACCAUGGCCAUGAUGACUCUGGGGCAUCCAACUGGCCAUGACAGUCAGGGGGCGCAGACCAGAUACAUCCAAAGUGGCUACAACACUAUCAGCUCCUCCAAAAGCAGCAAUGACAUGAAGUAUCAGGCACUUAUUGGGCCUGUGGGUGGAGGAGGUCGUGGACUAGGUGGAGCGGGAAGAAUGGUGAUAAAUGAUAAUGACUAUAUGAAAGGAGGGUCCUGGUCCGCACUGACCAUGGGCCAGCCGAGACCGGUGAUCCAGAAGGGCUCAGCUACUCUGGACAGAUCCAUGCUCAAGUCCAAAUCCUGCCAACCUGAACUAACUUGCAACUACCUGCAGGUUGGACGAAGGGGUGAUGAUUGGAGUAGCACAUUAGGCCGCAGCGGAGGUGCCAAUGAAAUCCCAUGUCGGCGGAUGCGCAGUGGUAGCUACGUGAAGGCCAUGGGAGACAUGGAAGACAGCGACGACUCGGAGGGAAGCCCCAAACCCUCGCCAAAAUCCGCCGCUCGUCGCCAGAGCUACCUCAGGGCUACGCAGCAGUCUCUGAGCGACCAGCUACCCCCACGCAACAGAACCCUGGAUUACACCUCUUUGCAGGGGGAGCUGGAUGCCCUGUGGUCUCCCCUCCACAGUGUGUCCUCUCUGCACCAGCUGGGCAGGUCAAUGAGCAGCUGUCUUCCAUCUCUCAGAGAGCUCUCCAAUAAUCGCAGCCUGGACAACCUAGACUGCAUUGAGGGUACCGUCUCAUCUUCGCCACACUGGGAUGACGAUGACUUCAGCCAGGCCUGCAGCACCUUGGGCAGACGUAGCUGCUUGGGACAGCUACGGGACCUGGAAAUGAGUCAUCAGUAUGAGGACCGCAGCUCCGAGUCCACAUUCAGAGAUUCCCGUUCCCACUCUCAGGACAACCCAGAGCCUCUAGACUUGCCCAUGCCGACAUGCUUCCGAUCCCGCAGCCACAGCUACCUGAGAGCCAUCCAGGCUGGCUGUUCCCAAGAUGACGACACAGCAUCCAUAGACUCAGGCUGCUCACCGCCUCCUAUUGACACCACUGUUCGCAGCUACAGCACCAGCACUGACGACCUUUCUACACAAUGGAAGACAUGGAAAGAGCAGUUUGGCUCUUACCUGAUAGCCACUGGCUUGGACAAAGCCCCAAAGGAGAAACAGCUUGCAAUUUUUCUUCAGCGUUUUGGGACAGACAGACAACGCAUCGUACCCCCACACACAGUCUCCACAGGCAUCACCACCUCUAAGAAGGCCGCUCCUCCGCCGGUGCCGCCCCGUACGACCUCCAAGCCCUACAUCUCUGUGACGGUGCAGAGCAGCACAGAGUCGGCCCAGGACAACUACCUGGACCAGCAGGACCGCAGGUCGGAGGUCAACAGCCAGUCCAGCCACGCUCACAGCAACUCCUCUGACAGCCUUGACAGCACCCGCGCCAACAGCCUGGCCCGGGGUAUCACCCGCCCUCCACACAUCAUCCCCACGCCCAUCGCCAUCCAGAGAGAGCCAAUCGCACCCACCACCUCCAAUGCUUCCACUGAGACAAGUGACUCGGUAGUGCAGCAUGAAUCCCUGAAAUCAGGAUUAAACAAAGUGAAUCUAGUGGCAGAGGAACCCCAACUGGUACCAGUACCCAGACGGAAACUGUCCUCCAUUGGCAUACAGGUUGACUGUAUUCAGGAAGUUCCACGAGAGGAGACCCCGCCAUUGGCCAAAUUUCAGUCAAUUGGAGUACAGGUGGAGGACGGGUGGCAGCUCAGUCGCUCCAGUAGCAUGGCCUCAAAACAAGAAACAGACUCAGACACACAAGACUUCCCUGUCAUCUCUUAUACCAAUAAUGCCAAACAAUUUGAGAAGAAAGUCAUGGUCAACAGUGCCAUCCAAGCCAUGAGCUCCCCUCCCGGACAUGACUAUCUAGACAACGGAGACGCUACCGGUGACAUCGCUUCACCUCCGCCGCCCAGGCAGUUCCUCAAUCGCUCUACCACGCGAAUUAGCUCCUCCUCCUUCUCAGAAAGUCUAGACCCGGCGCUGGACCCCUCGUCUCUACCGCCUCCGGACCCUUGGCUGGAGAGUGGGAAUGGGAGUAACAGCAGCGUUCCCCAGAGCGGAGGUGGGGGAACGCUGUGUCGGAGAGACGGCCACUGGUUCCUGAAGCUGCUGCAGGCCGAGACAGGACGCAUGGAAGGCUGGUGCCAGCAGAUGGAGCAGGAGACCAAAGACAACCAGCUCUCAGAGGAGGUGCUGGGGAAGGUUCGCAGUGCAGUCGGAAGUGCCCAGCUCCUAAUGGCCCAGAAGUUCCAGCAGUUUCGGGGACUGUGUGACCAAAACGUGAAUGUGAAUGCCAACCCGCGGCCCACAGCCCAGGACCUGGCAGGUUUCUGGGACCUGCUGCAGCUCUCCAUCGAGGACAUCAGCCUCAAGUUUGAUGAGCUCUACCAUCUCAAGUCCAAUGACUGGCAGCCCGUGCCGUCUGCGGCUGCCCGGUCGCCCCCUGAGUGGAAGGACGAGGAGAAGGAGGCCGCUCCGGCGUCAAAGAAGCCCGGUAAGGGACGGCCAUCGCUGGGCCGCGAGAAGAGCGCCGACUCCUCGUCCAGCUCCUCUUCGGCCUCAGCAGAGAAGCAGAGACACGAGGCUCGCAAGCGUCUCCUGGCUGCUAAGAAGGCCGCCUCGUUUCGCCAGAACUCCGCCACAGAGAGCGCGGACAGCAUCGAAAUCUAUGUCCCCGAGGCCCAGACCCGCCUCUGAGACAGUGAGAAGGAAGGAACUAGGGUCGGAUCAAAGGACAGAUAAGUGUCGCUGAAAUACCUGGAGAAAGGAGUGGAAAUCUUUUGCAAUGCAAAUGAGCUACUCUGAGUAAAGAUGGCUGGAAGUUGGGGGGAUGGGGGGGAGGAGAGAUCAGAUUGGGGUUGGGGGGGUGAAUAGGGCAUUUUUCACACACUCUUUCACAUAUAGUAUUGGGCUGGUCCUGGUGGCAUCAAAUACUCAUCUAAAAAAAGAAAUUAAAAAUGUUACUUUUGAGGACUCGACAGACGAUUAAGCAGGAGACUCCUCAUUUGAGGCUGCCAUUGAAAACCUCAGCUGACGAACUUUUGUCAUUUCUUGUAACUAUUGAUAUCAUAAAAUUGUUAAUGAAGCUUUCGUUAUUAUGACAAUUAUAUCUUAAAGAAUCUAUAUGAAGACUGUUUUAAACGUUGCUCUAUCUUGGCUAUAAGAUCUAUUAAGUGGACAGAAGGCAACCAUUACUGCUCUUCUGUCUCCCAUCCUCGUCCUCUCUUUCCAGAUCAUUGGCCAUCUUGUAGCUUUACACAACACCACCCUGUGGCCAUCACGCACACUGCAUCCACUGCACUCACACACACAUGACAAACUCACACUAUGUAAGUCUUCCUUGUAUUUAUUUGUUUACUUUACUCAUCCUUUUGUUUUGUAUAAAUCCAUUUGGAUCUGGUUAUUAGGAAUAUUUUUGGUAUGAUGAAGUUGGAUGUCCGAUUUGAAGGGGUGUUUAUAGAGUUCCUAACAAUGAACUCUUGUGUGUUUCCAUCCAAAUGUUCUUGUGUCAAAGAUUCAAACACCGGUGAGAAUCUGUAAAGUUUAGUUUCUUAAUGUUUUUUUUAAUGAAAGCACAUCCCGAUAUUAACGGUGAUCGAGCAUGACGAUCUCCAGUUCAGUCAGAAUGUCAGUGGCCACAAUAUUAUUAGAAAUGAUUUUCUUUGGAGGGACAACGUCUUCUUUUUUUUUUUUUUUUUUCAAUCUCUCUGUCCCGUUAACUUUGGUUUUCAUGUUUGUGCUCUAACUGCAGAUUCAGGAAUAUUUCAGUCAGGAUUUGUGUUCAAUCUGUUUUAAUGCUUCUUCAAGUUGUUUUUAAUAACCUCACUUAGCAUUCAACUCAAACAAUCUCAAAUGAAUUUAGGGCUUUUAUUGAAAUAAUGCAGCAGGGUAAUGUGUUAUUGUUUGUGGGGACACACAAUCGGACAUGUGUCUCGCUGUUGUUUUUAUACUACGAUUCCAAAAGCAUUUUGAUUUAUUUUUGCCUCCCAUCACUCAACAAAUUCAAUCUUCUUCAAUUUGUUGCCAUUAUUGUUUCCCCGCAUUGAACAUCAUCCAAAGUACCUUUUUUUUUUUUUUUUUUUUUUUUCCAAAGAAACAAAUAUUUAAUUAAAGCAUUACAUCCAUUAGUCUUGUGUUUUCAUCAUUUAUUAAAUGCGACUUGCUUUUUUUAAUUAAUGGAAGAAUGCAUAAGCCAAAGAUGAAUUCACCGUUUGAAAUUCAACUGACUGUAUUUAAAUGUCAGCAGCAGGGAGCUCAACAGUAACGGUGCUUACUGUUGAAACAGAGUGGAGUGCAGCCACAGCAAUGCAUUUAUUUCAGUUUUUACAGGAAACUGACAUCUUGAAAUAUCUCAUGUCUGCCCUCUAGAGGACAACAGUGGUUAAUCAAAUACACAGUACAUUGUUUUAUACUGUGCUGUAUGCAUUCACGUCAUAGGGCGACAUUGAACCCUGCACUGUUCUGCUGGACGGGGACACAUUGUGUGCAUUACACAUAUUUACAGACUCCUGUCUCAUUUGAAGCCGUUUCCCAAAACAAAGAGGCCUCUUGGUUUUUGAGUCAUUCACAUAGACAAACUUCUGGAUUUCACUAAGAAGUAAAACAUCCGACCACAAAGUCGAAACCCACAGUUGUUUGUCUGACCGCCACUCACAUUUGGUUUCUUCCAAAUGCUAAGCAAACAUCACUUCCCCUCCCCAAUUAGUUAUGUUAAACUAUGAGAAUGGCACUGCUUCGGCUGCUGCUAUGCCUCAUUCUCACCUACUCUGACACAAAAAUUCAGCCAGGGGCUUUGAAUUGGAAAAGUCAGAUGACAACUGUUAUCACUCUAUCUCGGCAAGAGCUUUCUCUUGAUGGCAGGCCUUUUGUUUGCCUUGUUGUGUUUGCCGGCUGGGGAUGACUCCCAGCAAGGAAAAUGGCUCAGGGGUGUCAAUAGUCUGUUCCCUGGGUGCUGUCAAUGCCCCCUCCACCCCCUCUCUCUCUCUCUCUUUUAGUGGGGUGGAGAGCAUCGUUGGCACCUAUAGGCCUUUUAUGUGACUGGAACUCAGUCGGUGGCUUGAUUUGAUUUGAGACCGCCAGGAAAAAGUUGUCUGACAAGUUGUUUUUCUGAAAUAAGCUGUGGUUUCGCUACACAGUUCUACAUAAACAAAUGAUUGACACAUUUUGAUGAUCUUAAUGUAAUGGGUAUUUAAUAGUCAGUCUUAGGAAUUAAUGAGCAUUGUAUAGCAUAGCUUGAGGGCAAUAUAUUGCAACAACUACAUUUAAAAUCUCUUUCUCAUAUGCAAACCACUGCCAGAAUAUUUUUAACAUUUAAAACCGUUUCAUAACAUAUCAUUUCCUUUUUUCUUCCCAUUUGCCACAUUUUGGGGCCCAAAACCCUGCUGUCUGUCACCCUUCAUCACACAAAACCGCAGGUCUGCCUGACAGAUCAAGCUUAAUUGUGGCAUCCCAAGUAUACGCUGAGGGA